CCCGGCAGCGCUCGCGCGGUGUGUAAACAAGGAAGAUGGCCGCCGCCAGGCCCUUGUGAGCGCGGGCCAGGUCGGGUGGGCCCAGGAGCCCGGGAGGGUUGGCCGGGCGAGCUCGGGGCCGGCUCCAGGGAGCCCCUGCCGGGGCGUGCUGCAGCCGCGAUGGAUUUCUCCAGGUUCCUGGCUGACGACUUCGAGGUGAAGAGCUGGGUGAACGGGGCCUUCCGGGCCGGGCAGCAGGACGCGCCGGGCAAGGUGGACGCGCACGCAGCCACGCUCGUCAUGAAGCUGCAGCUCUUCAUCCAGGAGGUCAACAACGCGGUGGAAGAAACGAGUCACCAGGCACUUCAGAACAUGCCGAGAGUCCUGCGGGACAUGGAAGCCUUGAAACAGGAAGCAACUUUCCUGAAGGAGCAAAUGAUCCUCGUGAAAGAGGAUAUUAAGAAAUUUGAAGAGGACACGGCUCAGUCAAUGCAGGUCCUGGUGGAGAUUGAUCGAGUGAAAUCCAGAAUGCAGCUGGCUGCCGAGUCGCUCCAGGAAGCAGACAAGUGGAGCACGCUGAGUGCAGAUAUCGAGGAGACCUUUAAAACUCAGGAUGUGUCUGUGAUCUCUGCCAAGCUAACCAGCAUGCAGAGCAGCUUGGCGAUGCUUGUGGACACGCCGGACUACUCGGAGAAAUGUGUGCACCUUGAGGCACUGAAGAACCGUCUGGAGGCCCUGGCCAGCCCUCAGAUUGUCGCCACAUUCAAUGCUCAGUCUGCGGAUCAGGCCAAAGUGUUUGUGAAAGUCUUCACCGAGAUCGAUCGGAUGCCCCAGCUCCUUGCAUAUUACUACAAGUGUCACAAGGUGCAGCUGGUGGCAGUCUGGCAGGAUCUUUGUCAGAGCGAUUUAAGCCUGGAUCGGCAGCUGACUGAGCUGUAUGACACUCUGCUUGGAACAUGGCACUCGCAACUCCAGUGGGCCAUGCAGGUUUUCAAGAACCCCCAUGAAAUCGUGACCGUGCUGCUGAUCCAGACGCUAGGGGCAUUGGUGCCUUCCAUCCCUGUCUGCCUCAGCACCGCAAUGGAGCAAGCAGGUCAGGAAACAAAGCUGAUGAAGCUGCUGGAGCUGUAUGACACCACCCUGCACUUCGCACGAGGCCUGGAGGUUGCAAUGCUGCCUAAUCUACAAGAACAUAACUUGGUAAAAGUGAUGGAACUGGUGGAAGUGGUAUAUGGUCCAUAUAAGCCCUAUCAGCUGCAGUAUGGAGACCUGGAAGAAGAAAACCUCCUCAUCCAGAUCAGUGCAGUGCCCCUGGAGCACUGGGAAGUAAUUGACUGUGUCCAGGAGCUGAACUACUCGGUGAACAAAGUCUUCAGCUUGGCUUCUGCAGCCAUCGAUAACUGCAUGAAACUCACGGAUGGACUGGGCGUGUGUGGACUCCUCAAGGCCCUCAGAGCUCUUUUUGCCAAGUACGCAUCCGACUUCACCAACACUUUGCAGUCUGUACGGAAGAAAUGCAAACUGGAUGAUAUUGCUUCAGAUUCCCUCUUCCAGGAGGACUGGACUGCGUUCCAGAACUCCAUCAGAAUAAUAACAACUUGUGGUGAACUCCUUCGGCAGUGCGGGGAUUUUGAGCAGCAGCUGGCAAACAGGAUUUUAUCCACAGCCGGGAAGUACCUCUCUGACUCCUACAGCCCCUGCAGUUUGUCCGGCUUGCAGGAUGCCAGCUUGGCUGACAAGAAGAGCACAGGCAAGAACCCCUGGCAAGAAUACAGUUACCUUCAGAAAGAGAACCCGGCUGAGCAUGCCAGCCUCCUGGAAACACUCUACACCUUGAAGGAGAAAGGCACAAGUAACCACAGCCUGCUGUCUGCAUCUCGAACUGCCCUAACCCGCCUCAACCAGCUGGCACACCAGUUGGCGUUCGAUUCUGUUUUCCUUCGCAUAAAACAGCAGCUCUUGCUCAUUUCCAAGAUGGAGGGCUGGAGCUCGGGUGGCAUUGGCGAGACGCUAACAGAUGACCUACCAAACUUCAGCCUGACUCCCCUGGAAUACAUCAGCAAUAGACUGAAGAGCCUGGCCCCCCCAGUGCAGGUGUCACACAAAGGAAGCCCUGUUGUACCAGACUUGCCGAAGAGCUUGAUCCUUUCUGCCCUUCCAGGCCCUGGGAGCCUCUCUGGUCUUUCUGCACCUGCAGAGGUAGAGGAGUCUUUUUCGAGUACCAGAACGCUGGGAAUGGGAUGGGGAACGUGGGCCAGUUGUGUUGGCGGGUCCUGCUGCCACAGCUCUUUGAUUCUGUUCACUGGUGCAGGCUUGGAGGUUGCUCCCUUGCCUCCCCCCUAGAUUCAUAGAUUGUAAGGCUGGAAGGGACCUCGGAAGAUCAUCAGGUCCAGCCCCCUGCACCAAGAUAAUGGGGUCAGGUGACCCCAGCAAGGUGACUGUCUAGUCUCCUUUUGAAGAUUUCCAGGGUAGAUGAUUGCACCACCUCUGGAGGGAGCUUAUUCUACAGUAUGGACACCCUGACUGUGAAGAAGGUUUUCCUGCUGUUGAGCCUGAAUUGGUCUUCCAGGAGUUUGUGGCCAUUACUUCAGUGUUUUCCCCUUGGGUGCCCUGGUGAACAGUUGCUCACAUUUGCUCCCUGUAACCUUUGAACAGGGAGAGGGCAGCAACUCCAACGUCUGCCUUGGUGAGCCAGGCUCUGUUGGAGAUUGAGGAGAGUGGAGCUCACUCAGUGGGUGCUGAUGGCUUGCUUGAUCUGCCGUGUAAAUGUCUGCCUGGCACUGAUGUGUGCAGCACAUGCUGCUCUCUAACAGGGAAUUGACCUUUGAGAAAGUGCCCCUGCAGUGAAGGCAGCGCCUGCGGUGUUGCUGCUCCCGGCUGCACAGAGCUAACAGUCAGGUACUGCUGAGUUUUGUGGUAUUCACUGUAUAGCUUGAAACCAAGCCACCGUGGGGAGGUCUUUGACAAAAUGCAGAGGUUCACGGGUGAUGCAGCUGGUAAAAUGGAGAGGGAAGCUCCUGCUGCUAAUUUUGUCACCAAGCUGCCAGUGCUGCUUUCCUGAGGGAACACCUGACAGCACACAUGAGCCCUGGAUGUGUUUGGCAGGACAUAAUGGCAGUUUAAAAACCUCAGCACCUCAGGGCUUUGGGUCAGCUCACAGAGGGACUCUGUGUCUGUGUGGGCCAGAAGUAGCACCUAGGAGCCGCCUGCCUGCAGGGGGUUGGCUUUCCAGAGCCUCCUUUCCAAAGCUGCUCGUUAACCUGUGGCUGGGUGCAGAGCGUGAGUGCUGUACAUCCUGGGACCAGGAUGGAGCUUAGGCAGCCUUUGAAGCAAUCAUAGAAGUCGGGUGGGAAGGGACCUUGUAGAUCUUCAAGUCCGACCCCCGGCCUGGGCAGGAGGAAAACUGGGCUCAAGUGACCCUAGCCAAGUAGGCAUCAAGCCACUUCUUAAAGACCCCCAGGGUAGGAGCCAGCACCACUUCCCUUGGGAGUCGGUUCCAGAUCCUAGCCGCCCCGCCCGUAGUUUUUACGGAUGUCUAAUCUGAACCUACUCUCCAACAACUUGUGGCCGUUAUUCCUUGUUAUCCUGGGGGGCGCUCGGGGAAACAAGGUCUCCCCCAAACCCUUCUGGUCCCCCCUAGUGAGUUUAUAGACGGUCACCAGGUCCCCCCUCAGCCUUCUCUUGUGAAGGCUGAACAGGUUCAGGUCCCGUCGCCUCUCAUUGUAGGGUCUUCCCUGCUGUCCCCAGAUCAUGCGGGUGGCCUCCUCUGGACCCUCUCAAUGUUGUCCACAUCCCUCCUGAAGUGGGGUGCCCAGAACUUUGCAACGCUGCUGCUUGGCCUAAAACAUGCAGGUGCCAUUGAGACUGAGACCCAUGCAACUGCACUUGCCAUGCGGAAGAGCUGUCCAUGGGGUUUAGUGUGCUGCCCAGGGAGGGCAAGUGUCCGGGUGGGUUCAUGCAGCUUGUGUCUGCUUUGGGCAGCCUCUGUGGCAUGACAGCAUUCUCUAACCUCCCCGCUACAACUGAGCUGCUGUUUCCUCUUCUGUGGUGAGUUCGGAGCAGGCUUUUUGGUUUCAGUCCAGAAAACAAGGCACCAGUCCCCCCAGGUUCGAGGCAGUAAUUACAGCCCUACGCCUGCCUACUUGUUUUUCUUGCCACAGUUGCCUCUGUGACUGGGCCCUUGACUUUCCGGAAAAGUCUUCCUCUUGCAUGGACAACAUGGGCCAGUGGCUGGGAGGGGGACCUGGUUUCUGGAGGGAGUCGAGGUUGGCAGCUGUUGGGCUUAGUGGUCAGGCCCAGCCCCGGCCCCAAUCCAUGCCAGGCUGCCCUGCACGUGGGUCCUAACAGCAUUGUGUCAGACUAACAGCCCUUUCUC